UGUUGGGGUCGGCCACAGCCUAAACCACCUGCAAUUCAGCCAGAGUGGCAGCUGCUCGCGCGCUCACGCACUCAGCCCUGGCUGCAGAGGAAGUGUGGGGAGGAAGGAAGUGGGCAUAGAAGCGUGCCGAGCUGUAGGUCUUGAAGAGGAUAACCAUAACGUCUUUGUCACUAAAAUGUUCCCCAGGGGCCUUCGGCGAAUUUUUUGGUUUUUUAAAUUUUAAUUUGUGACUUUUGAUAAUUUCUCCAGUGGUUGCCUGCACUUGAAAACAAGACAUGGUGUUUAAUUGUCGACGAAAGAACUGGACGGCUCCCCGCCGCAGACCCAGUCCCCGAGUUUGUGGCUGGCAUUUGGGUCAUGCCGGGCUGGCCGCAGAGGCUGGGCGGUCACAGCGAGGGGCGCGCGGUUUGGGGCCACACAGCUUCUAGGCCCCAACUACGGUUAAAAGGGGAAGCCCCGUGCCCCAUCCAGGUCAGUUCCUGCAGAGCCUGGAGCCAUCCCGCGCUCUGCGGGCUGGGAGGCCCGGGACGGGGUUACGCGUCCUGCGCAGCCGAGGUUCCCCAGCGCCCCCUGGAGCCGCGCGUCGGGGGAGACGGAGCCCGGCCCUGCGUCUCCGUACCACGCCCGGGACCCCACCCAGCUGCCCUUGCCCAGAAAACAAGCGCGAGCACCCGUAGCUCCCGGCCGGCGGCAGAAACUGAGCGUUGGGCCCGGCGGGUGCACGGCGUUCCAGGCCCGCUGGAUUGCUCUGCCUGCAGCGGGCCAACUUCCCGUCCUCUUCCCUCCCUCCCUCCCUCCCUCCCUCCUUCCUCUCCUCUCGCCCGCGGGCGCGGGACACGCUGCGCCUCAUCUCUUGGGGCGCUCUUCCUUGUUGGCCAAUCGUCGCAUCCCGUGCAACUUUGGGGCAGUGGCCAUUUAGUUUUGAAUGUUCCUCACCGAGAGCACAUGGCUUGGGAAGCCAGGCUCGGACCCUGCCCCCGAAGGGCCGCUGUCGGGGAGACAGUGAUGCUGUUGCUGUGCCUGGGGGUCCCGACCGGCCGCCCCUACAACGUGGACACUGAGAGCGCGCUGCUUUACCAGGGCCCCCCCAACACGCUGUUCGGCUACUCGGUCGUGCUGCACAGCCACGGGGCGAACCGAUGGCUCAUAGUGGGUGCGCCCACUGCCAACUGGCUCGCCAACGCUUCAGUGAUCCAUCCCGGGGCGAUUUACAGAUGCAAGAUCGGGAAGAAUCCCGGCCGGACGUGCGAACAGCUCCAGCUGGGUAGCCCUAAUGGAGAACGCUGUGGAAGGACUUGUUUGGAAGAGAGAGACAAUCAGUGGUUGGGGGUCACACUUUCCAGACAGCCAGGGGAAAAUGGAUCCAUCGUGACUUGUGGGCAUAGAUGGAAAAAUAUAUUUUACAUAAAGAAUGAAAAUAAGCUCCCCACUGGUGGUUGCUAUGGAAUACCCCCUGAUUUACGAGCAGAAAUGAGUAAAAGAAUAGCUCCGUGUUAUCAAGAUCAUGUGAAAAAAUUUGGAGAACAUUUUGCAUCAUGUCAAGCUGGAAUAUCUAGUUUUUACACAAAGGAUUUAAUUGUGAUGGGAGCCCCAGGAUCAUCUUAUUGGACUGGCUCUCUUUUUGUCUACAAUAUAACUACAAAUGAAUACAAGGCUUUUUUAGAUGAACAAAAUCAAGUAAAAUUUGGAAGUUAUUUAGGAUAUUCAGUUGGAGCUGGUCAUUUUCUGAGUCAGGAUACUACUGAAGUAGUUGGAGGAGCUCCUCAACAUGAGCAGAUUGGUAAAGCAUAUAUAUUCAGCAUUGAAGCAAAAGAACUAAGUAUCUUACAUGAAAUGAAAGGUAAAAAGCUUGGCUCGUACUUUGGAGCUUCUGUCUGUGCUGUGGACCUCAACUCAGAUGGCUUCUCAGAUCUGCUGGUGGGAGCGCCCAUGCAGAGCACUAUCAGAGAGGAAGGAAGAGUGUUUGUGUACAUCAACUCUGGCUCGGGAGCAGUAAUGAAUGCAAUGGAAACAAACCUCGUUGGAAGUGACAAAUACGCUGCAAGAUUUGGAGAAUCUAUAGCAAAUCUUGGCGACAUUGACAAUGAUGGCUUUGAAGAUGUUGCUAUCGGAGCUCCACAAGAAGAUGACUUGCGAGGCGCUAUUUAUAUUUACAAUGGCCGUGCAGAUGGGAUCUCGUCGACUUUCUCUCAGAGAAUUGAAGGACUUCAGAUCAGCAAAUCAUUAAGCAUGUUUGGACAGUCUAUAUCGGGACAAAUUGAUGCAGAUAAUAAUGGAUAUGUAGACGUAGCGGUUGGUUCUUUUCGGUCUGAUUCUGCUGUAUUGCUAAGGACAAGACCUGUAGUAAUUGUCGAAGCUUCUUUAAGCCACCCCGAGUCAGUAAAUAGAACAAAAUUUGACUGUGUUGAAAAUGGAUGGCCUUCUGUGUGCAUGGAUCUAACACUUUGUUUCUCAUAUAAGGGCAAGGAAGUUCCAGGUUACAUUGUUUUGUUUUAUAAUAUGAGUUUGGAUGUGAACAGAAAGGCAGAGUCUUCAUCAAGAUUCUAUUUUUCUUCUAAUGGAACUUCUGAUGUGAUCACAAGAAGCAUACAGGUGUCCAACAGAGUAGCUAACUGUAGAACACAUCAAGCAUUUAUGCGGAAAGACGUGCGGGACAUCCUCACCCCGAUUCAAAUUGAAGCUGCUUACCACCUUGGGCAUCACAUCAUCAGUAAACGAGGCACAGAGGAAUUCCCACCACUUCAGCCAAUUCUUCAGCAGAAGAAAGAAAAAGACCUGAUUAAAAAAAUGAUAAACUUUGCAAGAUUUUGUACCCAUGAAAAUUGUUCUGCUGAUUUACAGGUUUCUGCAAAGAUUGGGUUUUUGCGGCCCCAUGAAAAUAAAACCCAUAUUGCUGUUGGGAGUAUGAAGACAUUAAUGUUGAAUGUGUCCUUGUUUAAUGCUGGAGAUGAUGCAUAUGAAACUACUCUACAUGUCACACUACCCAUGGGUCUUUACUUCAUUAAGAUUUUAGAGCUGUUGUUUCAUUUUUCCCAUCAGGAAGAGAAACAAAUAAACUGUGAAGUCACAGAUAACUCUGGCAUGGUACAACUUGACUGCACUAUUGGCUAUAUAUAUGUAGAUCAUCUCUCAAGGAUAGAUAUUAGCUUUCUCCUGGAUGUGAGCUCACUCAGCAGAGCAGACGAGGACCUCAGUAUCACAGUGCAUGCUACCUGUGAAAAUGAAGGGGAAGUGGACAAUCUGAAGCAUAACAGAGUGACUGUAGCAAUACCUUUAAAAUACGAGGUUACGCUCAGUGUUCAUGGGUUUGUAAACCCAACUUCAUUUGUGUAUGGAUCAAAUGAUGAAAAUGAGCCGGAAACGUGCAUGGUGGAGAAAAUGAACUUAACUUUCCAUGUUAUCAACACUGGCAAUAGCAUGGCUCCCAAUGUUAGUGUGGAAAUAAUGGUACCAAAUUCUUUUAGCCCCCAACCUGAUAAGCUGUUCAACAUUUUGGAUGUCCAGACUACUACUGGAGAAUGCCACUUUGAAAAUUAUCAAAGAGAAUGUGCAUUAGAGCAGCAACAAAGUACAAUGCAGGCCUUGAAAGGCAUAUUCCAGUUCUUUUCCAAGACUGAUAAGAGGCUAUUGUACUGCAUAAAAGCUGAUCCACAUUGUUUAAAUUUCCUGUGUAAUUUUGGGAAAAUGGAAAGUGGAAAAGAAGCCAGUGUUCAUAUCCAGUUGGAAGGCCGGCCAUCCAUUUUAGAAAUGGAUGAGACUUCAGCACUCAAGUUUGAAAUAAAAGCAACAGCUUUUCCAGAGCCAAAUCCAAGAGUUAUUGAACUAAACAAGGAUGAGAACGUUGCGCAUGUUCUACUGGAAGGACUACAUCAUCAAAGACCCAAACGUCAUUUCACCAUAGUGAUUAUUUCAAGUAGCUUGCUACUUGGACUUAUUGUACUUUUAUUGAUCUCGUAUGUUAUGUGGAAGGCCGGCUUCUUUAAAAGACAAUACAAAUCUAUCCUACAAGAAGAAAACAGAAGAAACAGUUGGAGUUACAUCAACAGUAAAAGCAAUGAUGAUGAUUAAAGAUUUCUUUCAAAUUGAGAGAAUGGAAAACAGACUCAGGUUGUAGUUAAGAAAUUUAAGACUUUACAAGAAAACAUGAAUUUUUCUUGGGCUUAUUUUACUCAUGGUCUUGUGACAUACUAUGUCUUCAUGCAAGCGGAAAAUCUUAGCAAUGAUUACUCUUUGAGAAAGAAGAACUGCCAAGGUAAUAAUAGAGCCAAAGAUAAUCUCUCAGCUUUUCAAUGGGUAGAAAAACACUAAAGCAUUCAAUUUAUUCAAGAAAACUAAACCCUUGAAGAUAUCCUGAAAGUGUAUCUGAGUUGAAUCAUAUUGGAGAUGUCUUAGACGUGAAAUAUUUUUCCUUUCAAAGAAAUACUACUUACCAUAUGUGGUUGCCUUGGUAAGAGGUUCAUUUCAAAUACAUCUUUGAGACUUGUUCAAAAUAUGUUCUUUAAAAAUAUUUUGUAGAAUUUUUUAAAGAGCUGUUCCCAAAUUUUCUAAUGAGUGGAAGUAGACCAUUAUCACUUUAAAGCCUUUUAUUUAUAAUACAUUUCCUAUGGGCUUAGCUCUAACCAUUUUUUUUUUUUAGCAGAGUAUGAAUAUUAUAGGCCUAAUGGGCAAUAUUCAGACUGAACUUGUACACUGGUGUGAGCUUAAUGAAAUGACUUCUAGAUAAUUAUUUUUUAUACAGCUAUGGGUUUCCCCAUCUUUCUGUAUAUAUAAUGUGUGUUUAUGUAAAUAUAUAUUAUGCUUCCUAUAACACACUUUUAUCAAGCAUACCCAGGAGUAAAUAGUUAAGAACCAUCUUCAAAUGUUUUGUUAUUUAAAAAAGGUACGUAAAUAUUCAAAUUUAUAUGCUGAAACAAAAGAUUGUGAGUGUUGCACUUUAGCUAAUAUACACUGAUUUAAAAAAUAUGGAAAAUUUACCUCACUAAUAACUUUUUAAAAAUCAAAGUGGUGCAAAGACUAAGUAGGGGGUCUAUACUUUAUACAUGUACUGUGUAAAAUAUUGACUAUCUCACAAAUAUUUGCUUGGAUGUUAUGGUUUGUUACUCUUUUCAAAUGUAAGUGUUCCCUUGCAUGGAAAUGGAGAAACAAAAUUCAUAAAUUUAGCUGAAAGAUGCUGAUUCAAUUUGUAGACAAUGAAUAUAAAUGAGACAUCAAAAUUUCCAUGAAAUGUUAAGUGACAGCUAAAGUAUUUUUAUAGUUUGUUUGUAUUCUAUGAAGUUCUAUUUUUUAAAUGAAAUAACUUUCUGGAUUUUAAAUAAUUUAAAUACCUUUCAUUUGCAAAUACAAUCAUUUUUGUAAUAUUUAUUUUAUGCUUAUGAGCUAGAUAAUUGCAGAAUAUAAUUUUAUCUGUCUUCCUAAGAAAGCUGUGGCUGAAUUCUGAAUAUCUGUUAUUAGAGAGCAGUCUUUACAAUUUUGGAAAAGAUUUCUAGAUGAAAUCUCUGCAACUAGCCAUCCUAAUUGAUAAAAGUUAUGUGUUCACAGGCCUGCAUGAUGGUGAGGAAUGUUCUAAGAUUUGUGAAGGCAUUUGAGUAGUGAAAUGCAAGCACCAAACCUCCUGAAUGUGUAUACACAGGAAUAAACUUUGUGACAUUUAUGUAU